CCCCCCCCCCCCCGCCGCUGCCGCCGCCGCGGGGCGCUGCCGCCGCCGCCGCUGCCGCUCCCGGAGGGCCCCGCCCGGCACGGCGCGCCCGGCCCGGGAUGCGGCGCGAGCGGCGCGCCGGGGCCCCGCGGCACCGCCGGAGGCCGGGGGCGGGCGCCGGGCGGAGGAGCCCCCCGGCCCGCAGCGCCUGAGCAUGCCCCCGCCGCCGUCGCCCCGCGGCCCGGCUCGGCAUGGAGGGCGCCGGCAGCCUGCUGCGCGGGAAGCCCUUCUACUGCCGCGAGUGGGCCCUGCAGCGGCUGCGGCAGAGCCUGGAGCGGCGCGGCGGCGGGGCGGGCGGGGUGCUGCUGACCGGCGGCCCCGGCUGCGGCAAGACGGCGCUGUGCACCGAGCUGCUGUGGCCCGCCUCGGAGGCCGGGCGGCGGGCCGGGCUGGGCGCCCGCGCCCUGGGCUGGCACUUCUGCCAGGCGCAGGACGCCGAGACGCUGUCGCCGCGGCGCUUCGUGCUGGGGCUGGCGCGGCAGCUGGAGCGCUGCGGCCUGCUGCCCGGGUACGGCGAGGCCCUGCGGCAGCCCCCGGCCCAGGCCGCCCUGCAGCCCGGCGAGUGCGAGCGGGACCCUGACGAGGCCUUCAAGAGGGCCGUGCUGCUGCCGCUGCUGGACCUGCCGCCGCCGGCCCGGCCGCUGCUGCUGCUGGUGGACGCCCUGGACGAGGCGGCGGCGCCGGCCGAGGGCGAGCGGAAGCCGUCGGGGCCGAGCGCUACCAUCGCCGAGCUGCUGGGGCGGCACCAUGCCCUGCUGCCCCCCUGGCUGCUGCUGGUCUGCUCGGCGCGGCGGCACAGCAAGGCCCUCGCCAGGACCUUCACCGGCUUGCGGCGCGUGUGCCUGGACGACCUGCGGAAGGCGGCCAUCGUGCGGGACGUGCAGCAGUACAUCCUGUGCCGCCUGGACCGGGAGCCCGCCCUGCGCCGGCACCUGACGCGCGAGACCGCCGAGAUGCUCAACCAGCUGCACAUCAAGAGCAACGGGUGCUUCCUCUACCUGGAGCGGGUGCUGGACGGCGUCGCCGCCGGCUCCAUCGUCCUCCGGGAGAUCCGGCACAUCCCCGGCACCCUCAACGGCCUCUACCUCUGGCUGUGCCAGCGCCUCUUCCCGCGGCCGCUCUUCGCCCGCGCCCAGCCGCUGCUCAACGUGCUGCUGGCCGCCCCGCGGCCCCUGCGCCCCGCCGAGCUGCACCGGGCGCUCUGGGCGCGCCGCGCCGGCCCCGGCCCCGGCCCCGGCCCCGGCUGGGACGACUUCCAGCGGCUCCUGGAGGCCCUCGCCCCGGUGCUGGUGGACGGCCCCGGCGGCACCAAGCUGCUCUUCCACGCCAGCUUCGCCGAGUGGCUGCUGGACGUCAAGUACUGCACGCAGCGGUUCCUGUGCAGCGCGGCCGACGGGCACGUCUCGCUGGCGCUGGGCGCCACGGCCCGGGCGCCCCAGCUGGCCCCCCGCGAGGUGCGCGGGCUGGCGCGGCACUUGCUGCGCGCCGGGCUGGGGCUGGAGCCCUGGCACCUGGCGCUGUGGCUGGUGUGGCACGGGGCGCCGCUGGCCCGCUGCCUGCAGGCCGGCCCGCUGGAGCCCGAGGUGCUGCAGCUGCUGGCGCUGGCGGGCGCCUGCGCGGGCGAGCCGGGGGCGGGCGGCGCCGGGGCCGGCCCCGCGCCCUCGCCGGGCGCGCUGCGCCGGGCGCCGGAGCGCGAGGACUCGGUGCGGGCGCUGCUGGAGAGCGGGGCCAGCGCCAACCAGCGCGACGCCGGCGGCCGGACGCUCCUGGCCGGCGCCGCCCGCAGCGGAGACCACGAGGCGGCCGGGCUGCUGCUGGCGCGGGGCGCCGAGGUGGAGGCGCCCGACCGCGGCGGGCAGACGCCGCUGACGCUGGCCGCCCGCCAGGGCCACGCCAAGGUGCUGCAGUGCCUGCUGAGCCACGGCGCCGGCGUCAACCGCCCCGACCGCCAGGGCUGGACCGCCCUGCGCUCGGCCGCCUGGGGCGGGCACGCCGAGGCCGUGGCCGCGCUGCUGCGGGCGGGCGCCGACGUGGACGGGGCCGACGCCGAGGGGCGCACGGCGCUGCGGGCGGCAGCCUGGGGCGGCCACGAGGACAUCGUGCGGACGCUGCUGGCGCACGGCGCCCGGGUCGACCGCGCCGACACCGAGGGCCGCACCGCCCUCAUCGCCGCCGCCUACAUGGGCCACCGCGAGAUCGUGGAGCUGCUGCUGGCGCACGGCGCCGACCCCAACCACGCCGACGCCGACGGGCGCACCGCCCUCUCCGUGGCCGCCCUCUGCGUGCCGGCCAGCCGCGGCCACGGCGAGGUGGUGAGCCUGCUGCUGGAGCGCGGCGCCCGCGUGGGGCAGCGCGACCGCGACGGCCUCACCCCGCUGCUGGUGGCCGCCUACGAGGGCCACGCCGACGUGGCGGAGCUGCUGCUGGAGGGCGGCGCCGACGUGGACGAGGCGGACGGCGCCGGGCGCACGGCGCUGCUGGCGGCCGCCUCCAUGGGCCACGGGGCGGUGGUGAGCACGCUGCUGCUGUGGGGGGCCGCCGUGGACCGCGUGGACGAGGAGGGGCGCACGGCGCUGGGCGCGGCGGCGGCGCAGGGCAGCGAGGCCGUGGUGGGCGCGCUGCUGGAGCGGGGGCUGGACGAGAACCGCCGCGACGCCCUGGGCUGGAGCCCGCUGCACCUGGCCGCGCUGGAGGGCCACGCCGGCGCCUGCGCCGCGCUGCUGCGGCACGGCGCCCGCGUGGCCGAGGCCGACCCCGAGGGCCGCCUGCCGCUGCACCUGGCCGCCCAGGAGGGCCACUGCGCCUGCCUCCGCCUGCUGCUGGAGAGCCGCUCGCCCCUGGACCGCCGCGGCCGCGACGGGCGCACCGCCCUGGCCGCCGCCGCCCUGCGGGGCCACCGCCCCGCCGCGGAGCUGCUGCUGCGGCACGGCGCCGACCCCAACCUGCCCGACGCCGAGGGCCGGCCGCUGCUCUACCUGCUGGUGCUGGAGGAGCGCCCGGCGCUGGCGGAGCUGCUGCUGGAGCACGGCGCCGACCCCGAGGGCCGGGACGCCCAGGGGCGCACGGCGCUGCACGUCUGCUGCUGGCAGGGGCAGCUGGAGGCGGCGCGGCUGCUGCUGCGGCACGGGGCCCGGGUGGACGCGCUGGACGCCGAGCGGCGCUCGCCGCUGCACUCGGCGGCCUGGCAGGGCCAGGCGGGCGCCGUGCGGCUGCUGCUGGAGCGGGGCGCCCGCGUGGACCAGGCGUGCAGCCAGGGCGCCACGGCGCUGGGCAUCGCCGCGCAGGAGGGCCACGCCGAGGUGGUGCGGGCGCUGCUGGAGCGCGGCGCCGACCCCUGCCACGCCGACAGCUACGGGCGCACGCCCGGCCGCGUGGCCGCCCGCCGGGGCCACGCCGCCAUCCUGCGCCUGCUGGAGCGGCACGGGGCCCCGCCGGCGCCCGCCUCGCCGCCCCGCGCCGCCCCGGCCCGCUCCUCCCAGGGCUCCGGCAGCCCCGCGCCCAGCCCGCCCGCCGCCCCCGGCGGGGGCCGCAGCCCGGCCUCCGCCUCGCCGGCCUCCACGGCCGGGCGCUGCCGCUCGCCCGCCUCGGGCGCCUCGCCGCAGAGCUCGCGGGGCUCCUCGGCCGCCACCGCCUCCACGCGCCACUCGCGGGCCACGGCGCAGACGGUGCCGCUCGACAGCCUCGGCUUCACCCAGCGCCUGCAGCAGCACUCGCUGCCGCGCGGCCGCCCCGCCGCCCCCCCGCCGCCGCCGCCCCCCGCCGCCCCCCAGCCCAACGGGCUGCCGCAGCCGCUCAUCUCCAUCACCACGCUGGACCCCCAGCUGCACCUCAAGCAGGCGCUGAAGCUGCAGUUCGAGGGCCCCACCUGCGGCUACGACUACAAGAAGGAGACGCCGCUCUGAGCGCGUGGGGGGGCGCGCCGUGGGGCGCAGCCGUGGGGUGCAUGCCGUGGGGCGCACAGCCCUGCACCACCGCGCUGGCAUCGGGGACGCCAGAUGCCACCCAGCCGAGGGACGCGGCAUGCAGCUAUGGGGGUCGCGGUGUGGGGGGCAGCCGGCUCCCCCCAGGCUGCUGCCCCACGGCAGCCCAUGGCACCACCGGCUCCUUGGGGGGGGGGGGGGGCGGCACACGUUGAGACCCUGCCUGGGAUGGGGCAGAGGGGCUGCCGGGCACUGCCGUGGGGCAGGACGGGGCUGAGCCCGCUGUGGGGCCAGGCCUGCUGUGGGGCGCCCCGGCGGUGCCCCGUGUGCUGCCGCAGCGGUUUGUACGACACGAAUAAACGCCAGGAGCUGCC